CUUCCACUGGCCGGACUGUGGUCUGCUAACCACUGAGCUCCCACGCGAGUAUAUAUACUACGUAAAUUGUGUACAUAUGAUGCGACUUUCAACCAAACCUAAUAAUUAAUUGCAGUAUCAAUUAACUUUACCAAAAUAUUGCAGUAUGAAUUGUUUGUUUUUUUUUUUUUGGGCUACUGUGGCUGGGCCCCCAGGCUCCCCUCCCCCAAGACUCGAUCCCGAGCACACACAGGCUGGGGUGUGGAAACUCUGCCACUUGAGCUCCACGGCGAGUCUUACGCAGUAUGAAUUGUUUUCUUGUCAUCACCGUCGUCAUAUGUAUGUAUGUAUGUAUGUAUGUAUGUAUGUAUGUAUCCACGUCGGACUUAUCCGCCAAGGGAUUGGUGGAAUUUGUGUGGAUUGCUUCUGUACGUCUGAUCUCUCGCUCAUUAAUUGGCUGGAUCUAUUUGCAUUAAGAUAGAGUGAAUUAGAACAUUCACAGUCUAUGGCUGAGAAUCCUCAUCAGUUAGGUUGUUAAUUUUGGAAGGAAGAGAUCGAUCAAAAAUCACCAUCAGUACUCCUACCUGGUACACAGCUGGUAACAAUAAUGUCGUCCAAGAGCAGCUCGCAAGUGAUAAAAUGCAAAGCGGCGGUAUGCUGGAGCAUGGGGGAAGCAGUAAAGGUGGAAGAAAUACGAGUGGAGCCACCUCAACCAUCCGAAGUUCGUGUUAAGAUGCUUUAUGCCAGUGUUUGCCACACUGACCUCUUAUGCAUCCAGGGCUACCCGUCUCCACUUUUCCCUCGAGUUCUAGGGCAUGAAGGCGUGGGUGUGGUGGAGAGCAUCGGGGAGGAGGUAAUAGAUAUAAAAGAAGGAGACAUUGUAAUUCCAACCUUGAUGUCGGAGUGCAAAGAGUGCGAGAACUGUGAGUCGGGAAACACAAACAUGUGCCUGAAAUAUCCUUUGGGCUUAUCUGGCUUAAUGCUGGAUGGAAGUUCAAGAAUGUCCAUCAAUGGGAAAAAGCUGUACCAUGUGUUUGCUUGCUCCACAUGGUCAGAGUACAUGGUGGUUAAUGUUAACUAUGUGUUGAAGCUGGAAUCCCCCGAUGACAUGUGUCUUCCCCACGCAAGCUUCCUCUCAUGUGGCUUCUCCACCGGAUUUGGAGCACCAUGGAAGGAAGCUAAGCUUCAUAAGGGAUCUACCGUUGCUGUCAUUGGUCUCGGUGCUGUUGGUUUAGGGGCGGUUGAGGGGGCAAGGAUGCAAGGAGCAGCUAGGAUAAUUGGCGUUGACAAAAAUGAGAGAAAAAAAGCAAUAGGGGAAGCCUUUGGGAUGACUGAUUUCAUCAAUCCUGAAUCUGAUACCAGUACCGGUAGUGGUUGUGUCUCCCACAUGAUCAAAGACUUGACAGGAGGAAGGGGGGUCGAUUAUUGCUUUGAGUGCACAGGCUUCGCACCCUUUGUCAGCGAGGCCCUUGAAGCCACAAAAUUAGGAAAAGGAAUGGCUAUUGUUAUCGGCGCCACAAACGUAAAACACGUGCAGAUCAAUUCCUUGACCCUUCUGUGUGGCAGAACCUUGAAGGGUUCCAUUUUUGGAGGACUCAAACCCAAAACCGACCUUCCCCUCCUGCUCAACAAGUGCAAGGAUAAGGAAAUCCUACUUGAUCAACUUUUGACUCAUCAGGUUUCACUGCCCGAGAUAAUUGAAGCGUUUCAACUUUUGAAGCAUCAAGAUUGCGUCAAGGUUCUUAUCACAUUUUAAUUGAAGACAAAAAUCAUAUAUCAUAUGCAUGUAAAGCACGAGGUAGACAAGCGAUUUUUUUCCCAUGUGUACAAUUUUCCUUUUCGUCCAACCUUCGAAAAUAAAGAAGGGCAAUUAUAGACAGUUGGCCUUAUCAAAAGGUCAUUCCUUUCGAAAAA